CUCUUUAAGGCUGGAUCUGGAUCCGGAUCAUCCCUGGGGAGGCACGACAGCAGCGCACAGCGGCAGAGGCGGUUUACUCCCGCCGUUCACUCCCGCUACAGACCUGGCAACUUAACGGCGGAAGUCGCUUGACCUCCCGAAUUAUAGCUACGUCGUUAACGAGCUUUUAUCGGAGCAUUUCUGAAGAGGUCCGUGAAGGAAUCCGUGACUGGAGCGAGGAGCGGCGGAGGGGAGAGGGAAGAAGGCGGGGGGGACGGAGGAGAGUCAUCCCCGGCUCUGCUGGACAUUCAUGCGGCCACACUGCCGCUGGCUGCCGCAAAAACCUGCUUCUGCUGCGGACACAUUUUGACCCGACUACCCUCUACAGCCGGAUGUCUGCCAGUCUUAUGGAGUGCACCAAGGAACGGAGGAAGGAGGACUGACACUUGGGGAGCCGUGAAGGAAGAAAGCCUCGUCCUGUUGGAAAAGUAGCAUCCGGAGAAAAAGCCGAGCACUGCGCGUUUUAAAGCCGAGCAGCCGAGGAGAGUGACAGCACCGGCAAGAUGUCUGUCCCUAACGUGCUGGCCAAGGCGCUGUACGACAAUGUGGCCGAGUCCCCGGAUGAGCUGUCCUUCCGUAAGGGGGACAUCAUGACGGUGUUGGAGCGGGACACGCAGGGUUUGGAUGGCUGGUGGCUGUGCUCGCUCCAUGGUCGCCAAGGCAUCGUCCCCGGCAACCGCCUCAAGAUCCUGGUCGGCAUGUACGACAGCAAGCAGCAGCAGCAGGCCACGCCUUCCACGCCAGAGCCAGCCACUUCCUGUCCCUCCUCCCAGCGACCCCUCCACCCUCUGAGCGCCUACGCCCAACCAUCCCCCUCUCCGUCGUCGGCCGCCAGCGCUACUUCGUCCUCCGGGUAUCCCAACAAGCCCCUCCAUUCGGCACAGUACACGCCCAUGCAUCCGGCCUACUCCAGCCCCAGCCCCGCACAGCCCAACCCUGACUCCAUCUACAUGAUGCCCCCCUCCCACGGCCCCAAACCCAGUCCACAGAGUCUGUACCGCUCAAGCGGACUCCCUCCAGGACCCCCCAGCAAGGCCCCAGCAGUGGGCAAGGUGGUAGUUCCUACCCGGGUGGGACAGGUGUACGUGUACGACACGACCAAACCAGACCAGGACGAGUACGACGUCCCGCCCAGACAUCAGCCUCCCACCCAGCACGACAUUUACGACGUGCCGCCCACCCGCCAGCAGUACAACACACAGGUGUAUGACACUCCUCCCAUGGUGAUGAAGGGCCCCCCCAGUGGUAGAGAUAUAUAUGACACGCCAGCAAGCACAGACAAGAACACACAGCAGACGGUCUACGACUUCCCGCCGUCUGUCAGUAAAGACGUCCCUGAUGCUCAGCCAAUCAGAGAAGAGACCUACGACGUGCCGCCCCACUUUGCCAAACUCAAGCCGGCCCCCGUCCCGGCGGGCCUCAAUGACGACGACGACGAGCCGCCCAUCCCCGAGGAUGUGUAUGACGUGCCGCCCCCCAUCCUGACUGACAAGCAUUACCGCGGCAACAGGGGCGGAGUCAGCCAGGCCCCCCAGGAGAUCUACGACAUCCCAGCCAGCCUGCGGACCGGGGGGCACCCCACCGCCCACGACGUCUACGACUUCCCCCGGGAGCGAGAGGAGAAAGGAGGAGACAGGGGGGACCACUACAUCUACGAUGUCCCACCACAGGUUGUGCGGGACGCCCAGUCCACCAGCGAGGACCUCACCUUGUCCUUCAAGCGGCUGUCUGCCUCGAGCACAGGAAGCACCCGGAGCAACCACUCGGCUUCCUCCUUAGACAUGGUCCCUGUCCGCGACACCUCCUCCUCCUCCUCCUCCACCCUUCCUGCGCCGGGGAAGCCCCUGGUCCUGGACUUGGAGCAGGCCAUGGAGCGCCUGUCUCGCCUCCAGCAAGCCGUUGAGUCCAGCGUGUCCCUCAUGAUGUCCUUCAUCACAGGUAACUGGAGAAGCCCUGCUCACCUGGAAGGGAACCUCCCGGCCAUUCAUCAAGCAGCUGACCGGGUGCGCUCCACUGUUCGGGACUUCCUGGAAUUUGCGCGGGGCGCUGUGGCCAACUCGGCCCAGGCCACAGACCGCUCUCUACAGGCCAAGCUAGGCCGCCAGGUGGGCAAGAUGGAGGAGGUCUUCCAGACUUUGAUUCUAAACAGUCAGGGUUUAGACGCCGUUUCCUGGUCGCACGCCGCGCUCACGGCGCCGCCGGCGGGAGGGGACGACUUAGACCGGCUGAUCAUGACGGCGCGCGGCAUCCCCGACGACGCCAAGCAGCUCGCCUCCUUCCUCCACGGCAACGCCUCGCUGCUCUUCAAACGGACCCGGCAGCAGCAGCAGCUGCCCCUUCCUCCGAUCCCGGGGGAUGUCAGCGGUCACGUGACAGGAUCAGGAAGUGGGAGCUAUCAGGGAGGGGAGAGGGUUCACAUUCAGUCACGGCCCCUCCCCUCUCCGCCAAAGUUUACAGCUGCAGAGGAAGAGGAAGGCGUAGACAGGCCGUAUGGGAGCACAGAGGAAGGCUGGAUGGAGGACUACGACUACGUACAUCUGCAGGGAAAAGAAGAGUUUGAGAAGAACCAAAAACAGCUGCUGGAGAAGGGCAACAUCACCAGACACAAGACACAACUGGAACAUCAACAGGUACCUAUUAAACAGUUUGAGCGGCUGGAGCAGGAAGUCAGCCGGCCAAUCAACAACGACAUGACGGGCUGGGUCCCCGUGGCCAUCCAGCAUGCCCCCAACGGCUCCGGAGGCCCCGCUUCCUCCAAGCUGUGCCACGGUGACCGCCAGCUGCUCCUCUUCUACCAGGAGCAGUGCGAGCAGAACGUCACCACGGUGACCAACGCCAUCGACGCCUUCUUCACCGCCGUCAGCUCCAACCAGCCGCCCAAGAUCUUCGUGGCGCACAGCAAGUUCGUCAUCCUCAGCGCGCACAAGCUGGUGUUCAUCGGCGACACGCUGUCACGCCAGGCCAAGUCGCCGGAGGUACGGGGCCGCGUGGCGCAGAGCAGCAACGCGCUCUGCGAGAAACUCAAAGACAUCGUGAUCAGCACCAAGACGGCGGCGUUGCAGUACCCCUCCCCCGGCGCGGCCCGGGACAUGACUGAGAGGGUCAGGGAGCUGGCGGGCUGCACGCAGCACUUCAGGAUGGUGCUGGGACAGCUGCUGGUGAUGUAGGGAGGGUGGGGAGGCGGGGGUGGGGGGGAACCAAACAGUGACACAAACUGAGAUGUCCCGGGAACACCAUGGAUGUAUCAACAAAACAAAUAAAAUAAAACUGGAUACAGCGUUCGAGGCGGGGCCCCGUUCAUUCCUAUGAGAGUCGCUCAGUGGAGCAUGAAGCCAAAAAAGUCCCCCUCCCGGGCCUAAAAGGACCCGGAUGGUCCUCACUGUGCGGCCCACAGAGCAGGCGCACUGCCGACCUCUGCUGGCCGAGCCGGCUACUUCCGGUUUAGCGCUAAUUUGAAUGGCGAUUAAAUGAUUUAAUCGUGCGGCUUUCCCAAAUGUAAUCGGGGCCGAAUGGAUCAAAUUCUUAUAGUGAAAUGAGUCAUUUCGCGGGGGUUGUGUCUCUCCACUGAUUUACAAACGUCUCUGUCUCCGUGUAAGUCCAUGGGGGGGAAAAUGUCUUUUUGGGCUCCAUGGCAUCACGUGUCGACACAGAAGUUUCAAUUCCAGCGUUUGCCUGCUAUGUCAAAUUGGCUUCAAUGCCCGGCGCACAUUCUGGGGGCCUGAGGAGCACGGGGCAGUACGUCCUGCCUGUAAGAAGGGAUGGGCGACCCUGUGCACCCCUGCAGCUCGGCGGGGGGGGGGACCUGGAGCCCCGUGGAGCGCUGAGUGCUGCAGGAAACCCUUUCCCCCUAUCAUCCAUCCUGUGCUCCCUCCCUACCUCACCUUCCACCGGGACCAUCCUUCCCUUAUCCCCCCUUCCUCUGCGCGCUUUUUAUUCUCGACAAAACUAAAAGGAACAUUUUAUCUUCAGUGGGCUGGGCCAAUGGUUGUAAAAUAAUCAUUGUAAAUAUUUAAGUUACCUGAAAACCGGAAAGAAAAAAGACUUCCAGUAUAUAAAUAUAAAUAUAUGUUUGUUUUUUUUGAGAGAGAAAGAAAAGGUGAAAACGUGAGUGUAGUUUUUAGACAUUAUCAAUAAUUGUUAUUAUUAUUAUUAUUAUUAUUAUUAUUAUUAUUGCUAUACCGUAUAAUUCUGGCUCUGAUUCUUGAUCCGUGUAUCAUUAUUGUUAUGGAUGUGUAAAUUCCAGAUGAUAUGUAUGACUGUAUGUUGUUGUACAUCUAUGCUCUUCUCCAUCCCUGACAAAAGGCACACUUUCCAAAAAGCACUGGAGCACACAGCCAUCUUUAAACCUCACCGGAUGACAGGCCGACUCUUCCUCAUGCUGCCAUGUUGCCUGUGUGUUGGAGCAGUAUGUUACCGCCAAUGAGUUCAAUCCACCAGUGCAGGCAACAAGAGACGUCCGUGCAUAACUGUACAGUUAUUAAAGAUGAUUCAGUGCCCUCUCAGUGGCUUUUUUGGGAAAACUAUAUGUAGGUUGUUUUGUAAGACGCAUGUAUUAGAGAAAAGGAGUGUAAAAGGUUAAACACUAGAAAUGAAAUUAAACCUUCUUUCUUCUUUUCUCUGA